CGCCUCCUCCUCCUUCUCCUCGGCUGCUGCUGCUGCUACCCAGAGUGCCGAGCAGCGACCGACCAGGCAGGCGCAAGGCAGGCAAGCGGGCCUCCUCGGCUGUCGCCACCCCGGUCCCUUGGCUGGGCUCGCGGGAAGAGGGAGAGGAGCAGGGCGGCGGCGGCCGUGGCGGGCUCCCCCCGGCUGCUGGCGGUCCUCGGCGGCCCAGCAUGCGAGUGUGAGAUGCCUCCCCCGGCAGCAGCAGCGGCGGCGGCAGCGGCUCCCCGCUCCUGGGCCCGGGCGGCUUCGGCGGCCCCCGCGACGUGGAUGCGACUCCGGAGCCGGCGCUUGGCCCUCCACAAGCACUUCUAUAGGACUCAUUCGCCCUGCUGAGGAGAAAGAGAGAGAGAGAGAGAGAGAGAGAGAGAGGGGAGGGGCCCUCCUCCUCCUCCUCCUCUUCCUUCUUCCGCGCCGCGGCGGCCUGGUGGUCUCCCGCCCCCCACUGUCGCCGCCGCCGCCGCCGCCGCUUCCCCGGCCCUGCGCGCCCCCCCCCCGGGUGAGGCUCAUGGAGCCGCCCGCCGCUGCCCGAGCCCCGCCGCUCAGCCUCGGCCAGCUGGGCCGCUUGCGGGAGGAGCAGGGCAAGGUGGUCACUAGCUGCCAAGAGAGAAUUCAGCACUGGAAGAAGGUGGAGAGUGAAUAUGAAGCUCUUCAAGAGCGACUUGGCACAUUGCCUGAUAAACUCUCUUACGAUAUCAUGGUACCUUUUGGUCCCCUUGCUUUCAUGCCUGGAAGACUGGUGCAUACCAAUGAGAUCACAGUUCUUCUUGGGGACAACUGGUUUGCAAAAUGCUCAGCAAAGCAGGCUGGUGUUCUAGUGGAACACAGGAAAAAACAUGUCAGGAAAGCACUGGAUGACUUGCAGAAAGUCAGGAAGAAUUUUGAAUCCAGAGUGGAAUUCACAGAGGAUUUGCAGAAGAUGAGCGAUGCAGCAGGUGAUUUUGUGGAUAUAAGAGAAGUAACUGAAAGUGAUGGCACUGAAACAGAAGGAAAACACAGAACUGCUCAUAAACCUCAUUCAAAACCAAAAACAUCAGAUGCUUUUGAGGCAAAUCUUCAAGAAAACGGAACCGAUGAAAAAUCCAGCAGUGACUUGAAAUCGGAGGAAGAGCUUUGGAACAGACUAGAUGAACUGGAGAGGCAAGAAGAGAUCCGUGGUGAACUUUACAGGAUCACUGAUAUGCUUGAGGCAAAUGGAGAAGACAGCUCCUCUUCUGAAGAAGAGAGAUACGAUAAAAAGACAGAUGUGAAUGUGGUUCAUGGUGAAGAAGAACCGAAUACUCAGGGCAACUUACAAAAAGAAGUAACCAACUCUGGACUGUUGAGCGGUCAGGUUAAUGACCCAAAUCAUUAUUGCAGCGAUGAGGAGGAUGAUUUAGCCAUCGCUGAGAACGCUGUGCCGACAAUAUAUUUCUCCCAUACUGUGGAACCUAAAAGGGUACGAAUAAACACAGGGAAAAAUACAACUUUGAAAUUCAGCGAAAAGAAAGAAGAGGCCAAACGGAAACGGAAGAAUAGCAACGGCAACGGGCACCCAACUGCGGAGCUGCGCAACAUCAAAACACCAGCAGACAUUUACCGUGUCUUUGUUGAUGUUGUGAAUGGAGAAUAUGUCCCUCGUAAAUCAAUUUUGAAGUCUCGAAGCCGGGAGAAUAGCGUUUGCAGCGAUACCAGCGAGAGCAGUGCUGCCGAAUUCGAUGACAGACGAGGAAUUCUGAGAAGCGUGAGCUACGAGGAGGCGACCUACAGCGAUAACAGUGAAGGGAUCUUGGAGGAGGAAGGAGAGGGCGAGCUGGAACACCUUCCCCCCAAAACACCAUCCUUAUCAGCCACUCAUGAGGCUUUCUCGGGGACUGUCGUUGAGAAGGAGCUGCCGUCUCCCACUUCAGUGCCACACCCAGUAAUCGCUCACCCUGCCCUGCCAACCAUUCUGGAGCGGAAAUCCGAGGAAGUCCUCUCUGAAGCACCGGAAGAAACCACCAAGAGGGUUUCCAAGUUCAAAGCUGCCAGGAUGCAACAGAAAACUGAGAUCCCGCUUAGACAGUGGAAGUUUGGAUGUUGAUGCCGAGUGGUGUAAUUUGUUCAGCCGGUUUAUGUUUAGCUAAAGAAACAGCAGACUCUGUUGAUUUGAUAUUGUUCAUGUUUAGAUCUCUGUUGUUAUUUCUUUUUUAAAAAUCUGUGAGGAAACA